GUUAAGCAUUUGUCGUAAAUUAAAAUCAAGAUAUUUAUGAAAAAAAAUAAGUUUCAAGUGAAAGUUUGCAGACAACUUUUGUGAGGAAAAAUGUUUAUGAUUAUAAUUAAUUAUUUGUUAUUGAUAAACACUUGCUUUGCGGAUUUCUUCCUGAAUCAAAUAAAUCACAUGGAGUUCUAUAAGAACAGGACGCGCCCGUCAAAGGCUUUCUCCAGUUUCUCCAUGAACUAUCUGAACCAGAAUGUGGUGCGGCCUGGACGACCUGGGGGUAGCGCGGAGGCUGUGCAGUGCGGCACGAGGACCGUGGACUUCAGCCCACGCAGGACCGGCAAGAUCGUCGGCGGAGCUGAGACACCCUACGGGGCCUAUCCUUGGCAGGUGGAGGUCCAGCUGCUGGACCCUGACAAGCUGACUUUCGAGCACCACUGCGGAGGCGCUGUCAUCGCGUCGCGCCUUGUGCUCUCCGCCGCACACUGCUUCGACAAGCAACCUCUGCAUCUGGAUCACAUUAGGAUCGUUGUGGGCGAGCACCGACUGAAGGUGCAGGACAAACACGAGCACCGCUUCCUCGCCGAGAAGGUGGUCCUCCACCCGGACUUCAGAAAAAACGGUCCACACAGCAAUGACAUCGCGCUGAUCUUAGUGUCCCGGUCGGGCGCUGGGGUGCAAUUCAACUCGCACGUGCGCCCGAUCUGCCUGCCCGACCAAAGCGCAACGGGGGAGGGGGAGGGCGAUGGGCGCUGGUGCUCCGUCAGCGGCUGGGGCUACCAGACAGAAGGCACUGAAACGUUCGCGCCAGUGUUGCGCGCGGCCGACGUUCCGCUCAUGGACCUGGACACGUGCCGGAAGAGGCAAGUGCUGGGUGGUCGGCAGCAACCCAUUCUCGACUCUAUGAUCUGUGCAGGAGUUCUGUCGGGUGGCGUGGACGCGUGCCGCGGCGACUCUGGCGGGCCGCUGGCGUGUCAUGCGGCGGGCCGCUGGCAGCUGCACGGCGUGGUGUCGUGGGGCUCCGGCUGCGCACGCCGUGCGCGGCCAGGCGUCUACACCCGCGUCGCCUCCUACAUCGACUGGAUCAAACUCACCGCUAGUGGCAUGGGUCACACGCUAUAGCACACUAGCGCUCGUCACUAAGUCGAGAACAUGUGGCCGCAGAAGUAAGGGGCAAGAAAUUAUAGAGCAGUAGAUAAAUCAGUAUUGAAAAAGCGAAAGAAGACAUACUAGACAUCAAGAUACUAUGAAGAAAAAAGGCUAGCGCUGUGUUUACUCUGCUACAGUUUUAUUUUAGUAAGGAUAUAAGGUGAAUUUAGAAAUUGGACUUGCAUCAAAUAAGAGACUAUUAAAAAUAGUUUAAUGUUACAAGAUGCCUUUAACUCUGUUCACAAUAAAGAGCGAAAAAAGGUGUCUAUUUCUACGAUUUUCACAAAAUAAUUAGGUGCCGAUAGAUUCUUUCGCCCGAUGAGUAGUAGUUAAAUUUACGAACAGUAUUUUAUUGUAUACUUUAAUGCCAAAGAUUUAAUGUUAUCAGUUACCAUGAGUUAC